UCGGGUGCGGAGAAUAUUCGGUGUGUCAGUGAGAGUUACUCGUUGAUCGUGAACGAGUAAGAAAAACAUAUCGGUGGUGGCUCGUGACGAAAAAAUGUGCGAGCUUCGCCGCGACGUUCGUGCGAUUCUCCGUGAAUAAUAAUUGUAAUAACAACAAUAAUAAUGAUAAUAACAAUAUUGAAAUCGUGAAGAAAUUUACGACGAACGGGUUAUGUGCGGGAUUACACACGGUGAAAGGUAGUGUCAAUGUCCGUCAGAUGGCGAUAGUGUGAAAACAGUGAAACAGCGCAUAGACACCCUGUGCAACGGUACUGUGUAAUUUUCACGGGGAUAUUAUUCCCGAUAUUUACGGUCGAAACGUCGGGUUUCCGGAAGGAUUUUCGGCCUCAGAGCUCGCCGAGACGCCGGAUACUCGACUGUGAGAGAAAGUGAAACAAGAAAAGUUAUGGAAUUCCAUUUUCAGGAGCCCAAUGUGGGUUGAAGUGAGAUGGCAUCCAGGGAGAAAAGACCCUUAGCGCCUUCAAAGACAAAGCAGAAGGCGAACAAUGCGGAAUCAAUCCUGGGCUCGGCGCAGAACAAUCGUAAGAGAAACCAGCCGUCGCAUAAGCAGCAACAACAAUUGGCAAGAGAAAUUUUAGAAGUAGUGGCUGGUGGUAGCGAGAUAUCACCAAGAUUGGAAGCUUCGCUGCCUCGCAAACAAGUAUUGAGAAGUUUAAGGCGGAAGCAAAAGUUGAGAAACGCCAAGUCCAAUUUGAUAAAUUCAAAGGUGACGAAAAAAGUGCCGAUUAAAAAUAUAAGAAGAAUCACAGUGGACGUGAAAAAAGGCGUUAAAUUGAAGAGAGUCAAACGUUUGGUCGAGGCUGAUCGUCAAGUGAGGAAAAACGACGAGGAUCAAGAGGUUGUUGAGAAGGGGCGGGAGGAGGAGGGAAAGCUCGAGGGCGAGGAGGAAGAGGACACGGAGAACGAAGCAGGCACAAAGAAAAGUAAUAGAAAAAAAGCGACGAAAGGCUCGGGGCGAGUGAACGAAGAGACUGAAAGCGUAGCUUCGAACGAUCGUGAAAUCGUAGUCUUCGAAAAUCUCGUAUCAGCGAGCACGAGGAACAGUCCGAAAAGUGGGAGAAAAUUGAAAAACGAGGGCCUCGAAUCACCCUCGAAAAGUUCAAAGACUCAAAAGAAUUUGUUAUCGAAGAGAAACGCGAGCAAAGAGCGCGACACUAACGUGAAUAAAAACUCUAUAAACCCGAAGAGCUCGGGGGGAAGCAGUACGACGUCGCCGGAAACGAAAAAUCUUAAGAAAUCACCAAUUUCGAACAGUUCGGUCGAUCUCACGAUCGAAGAAGUCGUUGCUUCGAUGUUGAGCGACACCGAGAACGAAGAUUGCCAAGUGGUCGGCGGAAAAUUGACGAGAAGUCGUAAGAUGCUCAUCGACGAGAAACAAUUGUUUACGGACGUUGAGAUAAAAAAAGAAGUUCUGGAGAGCGAAGAAACGCGAUCGAUAAACGAGGAAGAUCGACCGCAAACACCCCAUCAAGAUUCCCAGACUUCGAUACAGCUGAGAAAUCGCUCGGGCAAUUCCUUCGGUCAGCGUAGCCUGAGAAACGGCAAGUUGCGCCAACUCAGCGAUUCCGGAAUAUCACUCGAUACCGAAGUCAACAAAAAACGACGUUGGCCCAACAUGGACGAGUCCUCGGCUACCUUGGAGUCCGGGGAAAUGAGCGUGGACAACGUUUCCGACGUGACGAUCGACGCGGAAUCCUCUUUUUCCGAAUCAAGUGGACAUGACAAUCAGAGCGGUGGCAGUUUACCUUCCAACAAGGACGAGACCUCGCCGAUAAAGCUGGAUUCUCCGAGCGAUUUUGAUCGCGUUAUCGACUCGAGUAUGGAACUCGAAAACAAUAACAACGGCGAAAGAUGUGAUAGAAUAGGAGGCGUCGAAAUAGGCCCGAUAUUGCGCUCGAAAACGAAAGCUAAAAGUACUGAGAUCGAGAUUAAAAUCGAGGAUCCGGAGAACGAUGAGUUAAGGCCACUCGGCGGACGGAGUGGGAAUAUCGGUUUGCCCGGUCAGUUGGAGUCGCCGCGUAAGAGUGGCAGUCUCGAUCAAUUGCGGAAAGAUAAUUUGUCCAAAAUCACGAUUGAGAACAAAUCCCCAAAAUCACGUCGCAGCAGUCUCAACAUCGACGUCAAAAAGACGAUGAGCUCGUUUUACACGAAUGAUAAAAGUGAGAACUCGUCCAAAUCACACAUCGACCAAAUGAUCGAGAACAUCAAGCUCACCAUCGCCAAAUCGAUCGAGAGUAAAAUAUUCGGACCUGAAAAAAGUCUCGUACGUAGUAAAAACUUCGAGGUACCGAAAAUCGAGGAAAUAGUUGCUCCUCUUAGCGCCGAGUCCCAGAAACUUGGUAUCAUCGACGAUACCCUCGUCGAGGAUAACGACAAGCCGACCGUUUCGAAGAGCGAGGUCACCGCGUCAAACAGUUCCGAUAAUUCAGUGCCUAAAGUAGCCGAUACUGCCAAAGAGAUCGAAAAGCUAGUCAUGGGCGAAUGCGAGCUCGUCGAGACGCACAACAGCGAAUCAGCGAGCGGCGAAACUCCCAGAAUCGAGCAACAGGUCGACGAGCAGCAACAACAGAAACCACAAACGAGUGACAGUCCUGAGAACGUCGAAACGACCGAGGAUAAUAAUGAAACGAGUGAAAAGUCUGAUACCAUCGAUCAGGACGAUUUCUCCAACGAGAUUGACAAAACUCCUGAAGAGAGACUCGCCGAAGAAGAGAGUUCUGCGGAGCAUCAACGGGAAGCGAGAAAAUCAAUCGUAACGAGACAAUCAUUGCGGAUCAAGAGCUCUAGCGAAAGUAUUCUUGAUCUUGACAGCAGCGGAAAAUCGAGUCUCUUCGAAGAUGGAGAUAAAGUCAAAUCUAAUCCCGAAGAUUCUCCGAGCGAGGAAAAUCCAAGUAACAAUAUAAAAGAACUAAACCGUCACUCGGCUGAAACGAUCGAACAAGCGACGAACGAAACUACGAAUUUACAGAAAAAUAACCAAGGCGAGAACAGUGCUGAAUAUCCCUCGUCCGAUUUCAGCGUUGAACCGAACGUUGAGCCCAAGCCUGAAGAGAAAAAAGACACAGUAGAUCUUAAUAUUUCAAAUGUUCCCGAGGAUUCCGAAACUCUCGAGAGCAUAUCGAAGGAGGUUGAAAGACUCGUGGGCGAUACUCCGCCCAAUACCGUAGACAGGACUAAACUCGAGACGAAGAAACAGGAAUCGUGCAAGGUUGAGGAAAACCUUGUCGAAGAAACGGCCACGUGUUCCAACGCGGAGAAGAACGAAAUUGAAAAGUCAGAAACUCUCGAUCCGUACUGCACAGAUGAUCGGUGGACCAACGCAUCCUCGUCGUCGCCGAAUCAGACUGAGACAACUCCCAGAAACGAUGCCGACGAAAAUCCUGAAAACGGAUCCACUAAAUUGCACAAAACAAACAACAACCCGACUGAGUCGGAAGGAAAUGCACCGGAAAACGCAGACAAAGAAUCUCCGAGCAAGGAAGCUUCCGAUUGUGGCCAGGAGUCUCGAAGUGAUUCGAAUAAAUCGAAAAAUUCAAGAAACAAGGAAGAAGAGGAGCAGAAAUUCGCGGCGGAAGAGAAUCGCCGAGUUUUGAGAGCUCGCGAUAGACUGAAGAAAGCCGAAGCAAAACAAAACAGCGGACGGGGUACGGAAAGCGUUGAAAUAAAGCUCGAGCCCGAGCUUCAUCAAGAGCUGGAAGAACUGCAAGAUUUUUCAUCCGAAGUAGAGGAAAAGCCGAAUAAAGAAACUGAGAAUACUGAAACGGGAGAAACGACGAUAAAACUAGAAGAACCAGAAAUUCCAGCGCGCACGAGACGAAGUCGCGAGGUUAAGAAACGCAAGGAAGAGUUCACUACAACACCGCAAAAUACUCUGAAGAACAAGCGUAGCCGUAAGGACGUAAGGAAAUCGGAUCAGCAGAACAAAGAGGAGACAUUGUUGGAUAACGAAGUGGCAACGAUAAACGAAAACAAUUGUUCCCUCGUUGAUAAAUACGAUAAAGUUCUCAGAGGUAAAGACAAUCUUCGUGGAUUUUCUGAGGGUGGAAGAGGCCCGGUGGAAAAACUCGAGGAUGCUUCGGAAAGUAACCGUAGCAAGUCUGAAAACGACAUUGAAAAUGUCAAGGGCAAAUCCGAAUGCAGCAGCGAUCGUUUGUCUCGUGAAAGAGUCGGAAGCGACACCUUGAAGGAAAACGAAAAUGUCGAUGGAGUUUCCGACCUCGAGUCCAAGAUCGCUAAAACACCGGAAACUCCUCAAAAAGACUCCGACGAAGCAUCCACUUCUGGCGAAUCCUCCAGCAGUCUCACAAUCGGUAAAAUCGAUGAAACUCCCGAAGACAAGGCUAAAAAAGAAUCCAUCCUACGACUUCUUGGGCUCGAGUCCCUUGAGAAGGCUGCCGAAAGAUUGAAUCAUCAAAAAGCUAGGAAAGAACAGUACACCGGAACUCUCAAAACCGUUAUUCGAGUUCAAAAGGACAAGGACAAGAAGAGAUCGAGAUCUCCGUUAAAAAUGGUGCUGAAACAGGGACGCGGUGAUGGCGACGGAGACUCGCCGGAAUUUUAUACCAUUCAGAAGGAGUUUGGGACCAGUGGUUUGGGAGAUAGCAGCUCUGGUGCGAACCGAAAGUUCUCUACUAACCACAGACACUCUUGCGACGAAGACACCGAAGAAGCGCCUCCCAAGGAUCGUCAGUCUCUCGUCAUACCUGAAAAAUCCUCGUCCUUCUCAAUUCAUCCAGGUCGACUUUGCGCCGACGUUUGUUGCUACUGCUUCGGCAAAUUUGGCUCUCUCGAUACUCCCAUGCAUCUCGCUCAAAUGAAAUCUGACGAGAGACGACAAAAAAUACUCAGCAUUGAAAAACACCUUAACAAGGACUCUUGCCUUUGCGACGCUUGCUAUCGCCACGUUGAUCGAAGGGCGAAUACCAGUCCUACGAAUAUGCAGACAAAACCACAGCGUCAGCAUCGGCAGUUGAUGGUUUCCAAAUGUUUGGCUCGAGAUUGUCGGGAACCUGCGAGGCAUCAUAUUAAACGACGAUGGCUACUAAAAGUCAAAGCUGUUGUUCAACAUCAGGUCGACAUCAAUUGGGAAUUGAGUCAACACACGUCGAUGUCAUUUUGCGUCGAUCAUUACUCGAAGAUCGAACCAUAUCUGACGUGUGCACUGUGCAAACGUCGUCUCGCAAAAAAUCACACGCAUCCGCUCGCGGCAUCCGAGAUCAAGGAGCUGAAUCAGCGUCUCUACGGUCAGGGAAUACCUGUUCAUCUCGUGGCUGGUACUUUUGUCUGCAAACUGUGUCGAUACUUUACCCAGCUUCAACUCAAAUACAAGUACCUCGACAACAUGAACGCGAGCCACAAGACUUUCUGCAAGACUUAUCGGAUCAGAAUCUUACACUGUCACGACAUCGAGGUAUUCGAUGGGGACGAGGAUGAUGCGACAGCGGGUACGUCGAAGGACAAGGAAAAGCGUAAGAAGGCAAAAUGCAAUACGAGUAAGAACACAAGCAUGUCUAAAUCACCGGACGGUUUGAACAAUUCGGCGUCGGAGAAAUCGACACCGGAGCCAAUACCGAAAAAUUCGGAAAGUGGGAAUUCGGAGACGGAUAAUGAGAAUCGAGGUGUAGCAAUAAUGCCGAGCGAAGAGGCGAUAGGCAGGGAAGUACAGUUGAUGGAUCUCGAGAGUACGGUGGAAAAGUUGAAGAAAAGAAAAGCUCUGGAACAAUUGGUUUAUACGAGCGAGCCAUUGAUGUCAUCGGAGUCUCGCAGUGGGAGCGACGUGGUAGAGAUAUUGGCGAUGGACAAGGAGGUGACGUUGACGAGGUUGCCUAAAAGGCCGCGAAUGAGCAACGACAUAACGCCGGUAGUUCAGAGACUCGGUGCGAAUCCUUCGAUAAGCGUGCGCACAUUGUUCCCCGGUGAGGAAGAGAUGAAUCUUCAUGCAAACGUGGAAUUCACGAAUGUGCGCGAGAUAACGCCACAGGGUUGGGAGAAGUGCGCGACGAUGAUACAAUAUGAUCGUGACACGAAACUUCUCUGGCAGGAGUUACAGAGGCCUUACGGCAAUCAAAGUUCCUUCCUGCGACAUUUGAUACUUCUCGAAAAGUAUUAUAGAUCGGGUGACCUCGUAUUAGCGCCGAACGCCUCGCGAAACGCAAUAAAUUAUUCGACAUCGGUUCAAAAUCGUUUGAUAUCGUACGAGGGGCCUGAAAAAAUGGACGAGCCCAUAAUGGAGCCGAUAUCCUCGGAGUACAACAGUCCAAGGCGUUUGAGCGGUGGUUAUGUGAUGGAGAGAGACAGACUUUCGUUGCCCGGGACGAGUACGUCAUUGUUGAGCGUAUCAUCGACGAAAACAACGGGGACGUCAUCGUCAACGACGACAACGAGUACGAGCGUGGGUGGUAGUAAUACGCCACCGACAAGUACGAGCGCGAGCGCAAAUGUUUCCGCUCAAAACCUCAAGCUCGGUCCGCAACGCGUGUUAAAACUCACAUCGGGAGUUUCGAUAAUAAAGAAACCACCCCCGAGUUUACAGCGGUUGAAUUUACCUUCAGGUAGUUCGUCGAGCAACGGGGGGCCUACGGGAGGGAACAAGCAGCGCAAGGAACCAAACAAAAUACCCGUUACUUCCGGUGGCAAAGUCUUUCAAUUGAGCGAGGCGGAAUUUCGUCGUUUGCAAAAUUUGAAAAAGCAAAAACAAUUGUUGACUGAGCAGCAGAAACAAUCGUCGAGUCCGAGCGGUGGUUCUUCCUCGCCGAAUCCUAAUGCAACGAUUAGUCUCAAACCGACCGGCCUUGCGUCACAGUACCAAAAGGCACAAAUCGCCGCACAAACUCAAUUCCAGAAACACUUGAGAAUGCAACAAGAGAUGCUCAACCGUCAGACGCGCGGUGAUUUCGAGCCGCUCAUAUGUGACGUGCGUUCCUUAUCAAACGAGAACACACCCACUCAAAAUCUCAUAAACACCCUUAAUCUCCCGAAAUCGAUACAGGUUACGACCAAACCUCCAAACCCAAUUCCAAUAUUGCCAAAAAUUCCAAAAUCUCUUACCGUUAUACCGCAAACGGUAUCGAGACCGUUGGACAAGUGACAGGGGCUGGAAGUUGAGGAACGGAGAAUCACUGACGAAAUUACGGUUUGACGAAAGUAUUCUCCUCUGCCCGAACCUGUCAACGAGGCCUUUCUGUCCGUUGCAUUGACGAAAAAUCGACAGAAAUUCAAAGUGCCUCGUUCCGAAACGUCGAGGGGAUACGAACGGAAAAACUCUUUAUUAAUAUUAUUAUUAUUAUUAUUAUUAUUAUUAUUAUUAUUAUUAUUAUCUAUAAUUUCAUUGCGACGGAAAACGUUGCCCAAACACUCGCCACGUCGAUGUAAGCGCUCUGUCAUUGUUCCGCGAUGUUUCGAGAACGAAUGACCGAGAGAGGCUUUACAAAAACAAAACACAAAAGAUGAAAAGAAAAGUGAGAAAAUCUAUACAUAUUUACGUCUGUGAAAAUUGUUGAGCGUCCGUAAAAAGCUCGCGUUGAACAAACAAAUAUUACCAAGACAAAAAAAAUUCAUCGAGGACGAGACCCGUGCGUCGACGAGGUUCUCAUGGGGCUAGAAUCAUAGAAAGAUACUAAACAAAACGAAUAAACGGGUUGCGAUCGAAUCUCGACGAUUAUGCCAAUCGUGCCUCGUCGAAAUCAAAUGGUGUGUGCGGGUACGCCUACCAACAAGAAAAUGAGAAAAACAAAACAAAACAAAGAAAAUUUAAAAAAACAAAGUGCCUAAUCGUCACUAGUGAAGUGAGAUUGAGAGAUUGUAAGAGAGAAAAAAAGAGAGAGAGAGACCUAGGGAAGCGUUAAUUUUUAAAUGACCUACACGUUACGAUGAAGAAAGUGAGCUAGUAUGGUAUACAUAUUAUUAUUAAUCAAUUAAAUGAUUAUAUCAUUAUCGUUAGGAAUUAUUGUUCACGAGGAAUCAGUCACCUUAACACGUCUCUUUUUUUCUGUCAUUGCGUUCCCAACGCGUUUUUACUAUGUAUACAAAACCGGAUAUUCCGGCACCGAUGAAACGCUUAAAAUUUGUUUUUUCUCGCACGCAGGAGGGGGGGGGGGGGGAGGGAGAGCGACGGCUCCAACAAUUGAGCUCUUUUUACCAACUCAAAAUUCAAUUUUCUAAUCUGCUUUCUAUUUUAUUUCAUUACACACCCACAUCUAUAUACAUAUAUAUAAAUGCAUAUAUAAGUGAGCGGAAGUGGCGGAGUUUGAUGUACGUGAUAAUUUUUCCUUCAUCUUUCUCGUAAAUGACCAAUUGUUUUUCUCUUUUUUUGUAAACUUCUACUCGACCGAUUUUUAUUUGUCGAGUGACCAAAUAACGAACGAAUAUCAAUAUUUUGGAAGGAAAAAAUUCGCUGGUUUGGUCGAAAACGCGGAACAAAAACACGGGAAUGCAGUGAAUUAAGGGUGGAAUGGGGACGGGAGGAAGGAAGGGGGAAAGGAAGAGAAAAGAAAAAAGUAAAUUAUAUUUGUAUUUAUACGAUACACCCCACGACCACGUACACAGAGUUGAUUCACCGUACACAAAAAUGUUUAUGGCACGAAAAGAAGGAAAAACAAAUGAACGAAAAGCAAGAAAACAAUACGGAACGAGUAAUUUUUAGUUUUAGGAGAAUAAAAGACGCGUUGAGCUUAUUUAUUGCGUUUACGUAACGACAUAAUCACACUGUACAUAUAAAUGGAUAACAAUAUCAUCUUUAGGUAAUCAACGGAUUGUAAUUAAUUAAAUGACGCUCGAAGGGGCAUGCGUGGGUAAAUAGGAGGGUGUUUUCAGGCAGUUGGUGAAAAAAUUCUGUCAAGUUUAGUGUGCGACCGAGAAUGGAAGCAAGUUAGGAGAGAUGAGAGAGUUUAUAGAUUGGAAAAAGCGUAUUUACACGUGAGGUUUGAAACGGUGAGAUGGCAAGAUGGAAAAAGAGAGAGAGAGAGAGAAAUAGUUGAAAAGUUAGUGUCGGGAGUCGGUCGCGAUAAUAAAAAUCGUCAUAUUAUUUACGUAAAAUAGUGCUGUGUGAGAAAUCGCGAAUCAAUUAAAAAGAGAAGGAUAAAUCGAAGGGGGAGAAAAUCCGAGAGGAAUAACGCGGAAAAAAUCAAUAAAACAAUUGCUGCCUCGCGAGUGAUAAAAGUAGGAAUGUAAAUAAUUUAGUAACAGAUAAAAUUAAUAUACAGGGAUAAUAAAGGGGGUGGCUCGAAGGUGUACACGCGUGAAAACAAAUAGAAUGGAAUAUUUGAAAGAGAAACAUCGAUUUAAACAAAAUACUGCGAGCCCAUCCGUGGAAUUUUCGAGAGAAAGAAUGAAGGUUUUUUUAAAAACACAUAAAGCGAUGCUUUACGAGCGUGUUGGAUGGUGUGUUGAGAUUUGGAAAUGUUGACUUACGAUAAGACAAUUAAACUCAGAUUUUUUCGGUGAUAAUAGAAGAAUAAUCGAGAAAAAAAGAAUCGGAGUGAUCGAAAAAUAUGUGGUCGCGAUGAAAAAUUUGACACGCAUAAGCACGAUGUUAGCAGCUUGACGAAAGCUGUCCAAAGCCCGUCAAAUUAUCUCUUGCUUUUCCUUCUUCUUCUUUUUCACGUUUUUGUUUACUCACGCGCGUCCAUCGAGAAACCGAUAAAGAGCCAUCGGUUCAAUUUGGAUUUCACGGAAGGAAUGCUGCUGAUAAAGAAUCACCGAAAGAAGGGGAAGGAAAAGACAGAGUGAGAGAGAGAGAGAGAGAGAACGAAAACGAGAUAAAGAUGAAGAUAGGAAACGAGAAAGCCACGAAACAGGAAGAAUGGAAAACGCGUUUGAGGCGAACGGAGCUCAACCGAGCGCGAUGGAACUCGCUGAAGAGAGAGAGAGAGAGAGAGAUUCGUGUGACCCAUCACGAUGUGUCCGAGGAGAACAACUCGCUUUUCCGCGAGAUUGCGAAUCGCGGCUAUGUAUUCAUAUAUCUAUGUAUAUAUACGUAUACAAUGAAAUAUACGCUUAUAUAUACAUACAUAUAGGAUAUAUAUAUAUAUAUUUAUAUAUAUAUAUAUAUAUAUAUAGUUAAUGAACUAAAAUAGAAAGGUACUUGACCGGUACACAUUAUAUAUAUAUAAAAUGCUCUAUUUUACUAAGGAUAUUUUUGAUAUAUCUAUAUAUAUAUAAAUAUAUAUAUAUAUAUAUAUAAAUAUAUGUAUAUCGAAUUAAAAGAUGAAAGGAAGAAAGAAAAAACAAAUUAAUUAUUGCAGUCGCUUGAUAAUCAAUUGUUAUUGACGCGAUUUGCCAGCGCCUCGUCAUUUCGUUCCUCAAUCGUGUAUGAAACUUGUUUUUUUUUUUUUUUUUUUUCGUCUGUUGAAUUUCGUUUAUUUCAUUUCUUUUAACCUUCUAGAUAUACGUAUUGACGGAGGCUUUUUUUCCGCGAAGAAAAAAAGUUUGUAAUAAAAACAAAAAAUAUCUCGAAUCGCGAAGUAAUAAAAUGAUAUUGGAAAUGGAAUGAAAAAUCAUGGUCGAGGAAUCGUUAAAACCUCGGACUCGGAUUUGUAAAUGGAAAAAUUAGUGAGUGCCUGGCAAAUCGAGGAAAAUUUGAAAUGUAAUAAAAACGAGAUGAGAAUCGUAAUGAAUAAAACGGCGCAAGAUGUGGAGCGAACGCGAACUGAGUUUAAGUUUUAAGAAUUCUAUUUUUCUGGUGGCAGAGGGGGUAUAAUUAUUGUGAGAUUGAGAUUAAAGCAGAGAGAGAAAGGGAAAGAGGGAGAAAGUCGUGGAGCUAAGGGGGCGAGGAAGAGGAGUGACAAUGUGUCGUUGAUUGUCCAGAGGAUCAAGUAUUUUUUUAGCGUCUCUCGAUUUUGCACUCUAUUGAGACUCAAAGUAUUAUUUUCCAUGGGGAAAAACGAACGAAUAUUUUUGUCUUUUUUGCAUUUGGAAUAUGACAUUUUUUGACACGUGCCUGAUAUUUGCUCCCGCAUAUUUUGCCCAAAUUAUAUUGAGAAAGAUUCGGAGGUGAAAUUCGUAGAAAAAAUACAAGCAAAGAUAUUAUUUUGCAUAAAAAUUUGAUGUAUUCUUUUUCACCAUGGAAAAUCGUUUGCCAAAUGAAAAGCUGAGAGGCAAUGCUCGAGCGCUGGUUCAAGCUGGUCAAAAUAUUUUUUACGGUACAUGGACCAAGGAGACGAGAAAGAAAAGUUAAGUGAGAGAACACAAAAAUAAGAAUGGUUAAUGGUUAUACGAGAGGUUUAUGUAGAAUGAGAGUGAGAGAGCGUGUGCGGUAGCGAGACGAAAAGUUGAUUUUUGGAGGUUAUCAGACGUGUUGUGCCGUCGAUGAAACGAGCGAUGAUAUUUUACACAAGCAAUAAUUUGACCGAUUAAUAAUGGGACAUUAGAACGAAAGAGGGGGAGAGAGAGAGAGAGAGUGUGCGAGAAAGGGAAUAAAAAGAACGAGCGAGAGGACCAUGAUGUCUGCCUUGAAUGAAUUUUUUAGAGGACGUUUUUUUAAGUGAAACACAAAGAGUGAUCGUUCGUCGUUGCUCGAUGAAAAUCGUUUCAGCGUUCUCGUUUGCGAACCAGAAAUUUCGGAGCGAGCUGAAAUGAAAAAUCUCCCGUUUUUUUGUAAUCGUUUUUGUUUUUUACCCCCGGUAUCGAUCGUUCGCAGAGAGAGAGCGAGUCUAGCGUGGGGCUUGCGACGAAAUUUCACGGGUGAACGAGAAUGAGAAAUUGAUCUCGACGAGCACUCGGGCGAGUUUUAUUUUUCUUCGAUUUACAAACUAAAUGGAAUAAGGAACGAUAAAUCAAGAAAAUAAUGAAUUAAACGAAUAAAUGUAGACACCUGAGCGCCGCUAUACACGUACGAACGACGAUCGAUCACUCAUUUCAUUUUCAGCGGUUACGACACACCGCCAUUUAUUAUAUUAUGUUAUUUAAAUUAAUAUUAACAACACGUUAUUACCUUAUUAUAACAACCUUUGUUUAUUUAGUUAUAAAAUUGUAAUAGCUAUUUAGGUUCUCCAUCCUUUGUAUAUAUUCGCAACACUCAAUAAAAAUACAAAAAAAAAAAAAAAACAAAAGCGUCUCGAUGAAAUCAUGAAAUAACAGCCGCAUGAAAAUACGAGAACAAUUGAAUCGCGUAACACGAUUAAUUUGUAUCAACAUCGGACCAAUUUGCACUUGAAGCGGACGAUUCAAAAGCAUUCUCAUUUGCUUUUGUACAAAAUAACUAGUUUAAACGGUUGCUAACUCGAAUCAAAUGAUUCUAUUAAUAAUAAACAGCCCAUUAAAUGUCAAACGUAAAAAUGAUGAAAUGUUUGUCUCGAGCCCGUAUCCGGUUAUAGAGAGAUGAUGAAAAAAUCGGUGGUUGGUCCGGUUUUUACUACUGACGGAGCUCGGUGGUCCGACCUUAACGGACUGUUACUACUUGAAACGGAACGCGCGAGGGUUGGGCUCCGCUUUGCGGCAUGCGGCGAUGCGCGUAGAGGAGAAUUGUCGAGCACGAAGAAAGGAAAAAGGAAUGGAAAAAUCGCAGACACAAUGUUUUUCUUAUGUCGUUUUUUUUUUCAUGUUUAUUUGCAGUUUUCUCGUAUAAUUGGUAACUGAUUUUGGAUAACUAGUAUACUAAAAAUCUAAACAAUGUACGAAACUUUAUACAUAGCUAAUUUUGUUGUAUUUCGAGGAUUUUCAAUAUUUCUUGUCUCAUGUUGUUGUUGUUGUUUUUUUUUUCUCUUAAUGACAGCUAUUUACAAAAAAAUUAGUUGAAUCACGCCGACGAUCGCCCGAAAAAAAUGGCCGAAGGGACCUGAUUUUUUUCUUUUUCGCUUGAACCGCGUGAAAAUGUGGCGAACCGUGGCGUGACUCGGGCACUCUACGGAAGAUUAGAUUUGUGUGUAUCUCUUCCCCCGCGCGAUCUAUAAAUUGCCUGUUCUCGCAUGAACUUGAUAGAUUUUUUACAAACAUUUAACGUUCUUCAUUUUGUUCACCGUUCCAUUUUUCUUCGUGUGUAUGUGUGCGCGUGUCCGUCGUGUGUGAUUGGAAUGUCCGAUCCAGCGAGCCGUCUGGAAUAUUCGUUCAAGUACAGGCAAGUACGAUUAGCUUUUCGGUACUCGUUUGAUUGACUAAAAAGAACAGCGACGAGAACUCGGUUUUUGUUUUGUUUUACACAUUUGUACGAAACUCAUCUUAAUUAGUGUAAAAUUUAUUGUGCGCUGAUAUUAAAAUGUCUGGGCCUCGCUGGAUCUGGAUUAAAAUUUAUUUUUCAACA